ACUGGAGCCAAUCCUGGACUUUCUGAUGAAAAACUGAGCCAAGUCAAGGUGGUGGAGCUUCCUGGAGAAGCCUCGGUGAAUGGGAGACUUUUGCCUGGUGCCAGCCUGGGAGAGGGCGCGGGAGCUGUCGUACAGAUUGCAUCAGGAGUGCUGGCCCCAUCUGCCCUCGCCUCCCCCCAGGAGACACAGUCCCUGGUCCCGGUGGCUCCAGAGGGCAGCGGCAGCUCCGAUGGCAUGGCUGCCUCACUGGUCCUUCCUGGACAUAGCCUGGGCUCGGGACUGGCACCAAUUGCAGCUGUGCCCCUUUAUGGGUAUGGAGCACGGGAAAAUGAUCAGGAGUACGUGGAAAGGAGGGUGGAUUUUAAUUCUCCGCUUUUCAAGCCUGAGACUGGAUUCCCAUUUGGGAAAACUCUGCGCGACUCUCUCUAUUUUACAGACAAUGGACAAGUCAUUUUCCCAGCCUCAGACAGCAGCACCUUCACGUACCCCAACCCUCCUCCCAGCGGCUUCAACGGCCAUGAGAAGGUUCCCAUGAUUGCCGUGUUUUGGGACAACGCCGAUUUCUCCAGAGGUGUUGGCACCACCUUCUACCAGGAGUUCCCCACCCUCAACACGGCCAAGCCUCCGUUCGUCCGUGACGUGGAAGCGAAGGUUCGGCGGUACCUGAGGUCCUCCUACUCCGCAGCCUGGACCCUGAAGAUCACCUGGGAGAAGGCACCUGCCUACGCAGCACGGACUGACACCCGGAGGACGAUCACAUACCAGGCCGUCCUGACCACCGACGGCUUCAGGUCCUACGUCCUGAUGCUGUACCAGGAGGGAGGCAUGCAAUGGGAUUACACCAGGCUCGCUGCCACCAACGUGCUCAUCGGCUACACCAGCGGGGACGGCUUUUACCGCAACGAUGACCUGACUCAGAGACCUCCAGCCACUAAGUAUCGCCCUGACCAGUUCAGGGGCUCCAACACAGGCUGGUGGGCUGCCCGCGUCUCCAUGCUGCACUCCGCUUCCCCAAACCAGCACGGUGCUGGCGUCCGCUGCCUGUACGACAGCCAGAGCCAGCUCAUCGAGGGGCGGCAGGAGAGGUACUGGAGGUCCUCCCGGCAGGCAUCCCCUUACCGUGACCAGGAGCUGAAGUUGUACGACUGGUGCUGUAACCAGGCGGGCAGUGCCCGCCUCUGCGCCCGCUACAGCGAGAAGAGGCCGAAGAUUGGCUGUGAUGGGUACCGGUCACCCGACACGGGUUCCUCGGAGGAGGCAGAGAGCAUCUCAGAGGAGCAGAGAGAUGGAGAGGACGAGUAA